CACACUUUCUCUCGCAACGCGCAAACGCGUGAACUCAAACCCGACAGUUCAAGAUCUCGCGUUCCCUCCCUCGCUCCUUCUAUUGACACUUUGUUUGUCGUCAUACCACCCGCCUUCCCUGCCUUUACUCAUUUGCCCCAGCAUUUUGUGCUGAGCCACAGCGGCUGAGCCACAGAGGCUGUGCCAAAUUUUGAGCACGACAGUUGAAAAAUGUAUCAUGGGCAACGAAUCCAGCAAGCCCGAGAUGCCUACGGGCAGGUCCCGAUCUCUCUCUCCACUUCCCCGCGAGGAAGAGUUUCCGGACGAGGACAUUGAGACCUCGCCGCCCCUUCCAUCAACGAUGCCUGUAUCAUUUGCGCCCCCGGAAUCCAUAGGGUUAGCCCCUCCAGGCGCACCUGGCUCUCUUGCUUGGCACCAGCGUCGGCGCCGGGCUCGCAACGCAUCACCUGAAUCUAACCGUGGCAGAUCUCGCUCCACAUCCCCCCAAGACUCGCUUCGGCCAUUGAACGCGAGUCAACCAGCCCAGUCUGCGGCUCGUGCGACAUCCCCAGAUCAAUUUUUCCACUCUGCGACCCAACCAGAUAAGCCGAGGAAAUUUCCGCGCCCGAAAAAGAGCAAGGAUGGGCUCAAGGAGGCCGCUGAAGCAGUGCGCAACGAAGAGCGCUACGAAGCCGGAUCUCAAGAAUAUAGAAAGAGCAUGCGACGUUCUGCUGCGCCUUCUCCAUUUCCCAGAGACGGAGCCCCGCCGCCCGACGGAUUUGAACCGGCAGGUAUGUCGGACGAUGCGGUGUCUUCACAGGGCCAGUCGCAAUCGCCUGGGCCAGCCAGAUUGCGCAAAAGGAAAAAGGGAAAGGGCAAGGAAGUGUUUAUGGAUGCCAUUUCGGAAGAGGAUACAGGCAUCGCAAGUGUGUUGGACGGUGCGGCAUCUUUACAGGACCAGUCGCAAUCACCGGAGCCGGUCAAACUGAGCAAAAGGGACAAGGGAAUGGGGAAAGAAGUGAUCAGAGAUGCGAUUCCGGACGAAGAAACAUCUGACCCUGAACGCUCAAUAUCCGACUUGCAGGCCGAGGAUGAACCUCCUCCAAGCGCACAAUCGCCGGCCAGACCGAGCAUAAGGAACAAGGGGAAGGGGUAUGGAGUAACCAGGAAUGUCACUACGGAAAGAGCAACAAUCGUCCCGAACCGCUCAACACUCGACUUAGACGAUGAACCCCAUCCAAGUGCACAACCGCUAGGAAAGCGUGGCCGCCAAGAUAGCGACACGAAACCGCGGAAGAAACGAAAGACACCCCAGCCGCCCAAGCUAGAGUCAAAUGCCGAGGAUACCAUCGAUGCGGAAGAGGAAGAGGGCGUCAGUCUACGGGGAGCAACAAACCAGCCACCGCCAGCCGUGGUUGAUGAAGACUCGUUCAUCGACCCAUCCACAACCGCACUGAGGGAACGAACAGCUGACUCGCAGCGUUCUCACUCUGACUCUGGGUAUGCCGAGCCCGAUGCUCAACUCCCUUCGGCGUGGGAGUCAGGAAUGGAUAUGGAUAUUCCUUACGGACUGCCGGUAUACGAAGGCCAUGUCGCAACAGGCCACGGCACUGAAGAGGCUGACACUGACAGCGCGUCGGCUCACGAGGACCAUGAUGUCGCAACAGACAACGGCACAGAACAAGAUGACAUUGACAGGAGGUCAGAUGCUUGCGAUCACCCUGGCAUACCUGCGGCAACUGACUCGCCCUUACCCCCACCGGAUUCGACUGCUGGGGAUGAGGAGGAAGAUGACCACGCAGAAGAGCCCGCCGACCCUCAACACGAUCCCAAAACUACUUCCAUUCCUCAGGAAUCGGCUACCAAGGACCCCAAGCCCCGCCACAGCUCAAAGAGGAAGGCUCAGGUGCCCUUCUUCUCUCGUCAACAGGAGGAAAAUGCAAUGGCAUUUGCAGACCUUCCUCGUGAAGAUGUUGUGUCUCCGCCAAUGCGAAGGUCAUCAACAACGGCGCAGUCAGCCGUGCAAGGCGAGGCUGGUCCUGGCCCUUCAACCAUGGCUCGGAAAACGAAGCGGAAGAGACCCAAGAAACAGCCAGAUGACGGCACCGAUGCCGAAAAGCAGGAGCCUGCCGAGAGAUCGCAAUAUCGAUCCGGCCGUCUUUCGAGAACGGAGCAAAACCAGAUCAUCAGAGCGGUUGAGCGAUUCCGGGAAGACGAGGGAAUGACCCAGGAAGAGAUCAACCAAGUGAUUCACGACAAUCCGCAGACAAGCACGCAGGCAAUUCAUCGCCAGCUCUGGGCCUCGAUCCAGGAUGCCUGCCCGUCCCGCACGCGGAAGAAGUUGAUUGGUUGGUGCAGGCAGCGCUUCCACAAUUUCACAGCCCGAGGGACAUGGACACCAGAACAAGACGAUGAAUUGGCGGACCUGGUAGAGAAACAUGGGACGAGGUGGAAAUUUAUCGCCGGCUUGAUCAACCGCUAUGACAAGGACGUGCGCGACCGGUGGAGGAACUACCUGGUCUGCCGCGGGGCUCACAAAACGGAUGUUUGGUCCGAGGGCGAAGAAGACCGUUUCCGCGACUUGGUGGAGAGUUCCAUCCAAAAGAUUCGCAAGGAAAUGAAGGGGAACAGCCGAGCAUUGCCCGAGAAGCUGAUCAACUGGCUUAAGAUUAGCGAAGCAAUGGGGUACACUAGAUCUCGGUUGCAGUGCUUGGAGAAAUGGAAGAGGAUGCGCGCCGCUGAACCGAUCGCUGACCAGGUCGCCACGGUGCUCCCCUCCGGUUCCUCGUGGCGGCUGCAAAAGGCACGGGAUGAUCUGCGGAAGAUUACGGCAGAAGACAAGUACACUUUGAUGAGCGCGAUUCGCGACUCUGGGGUCGGGAAGGACGCCAAGAUCCCCUGGAAGCAAAUCACCAGUGGCACGUUUCGUGACAAGUAUGAGCGCCAGGCUCUCGUGGUCAGUUGGGGACGGCUGCGACAAGCGGUACCUGAUUGGGAAUGGAAGACAACCCGCGAUUGCGCUCGGUAUCUGUGCGAAAUGUAUGAAACGGAAGGCAAUUUUGGAGCUGCGGAGCAUGGCGAAGCUGAAGAAACAGAGGACGAGGUUCCGGCCGACACGGCCACCUCGGCGAAGCGCCGUCAACGGAAAGGAAAGGAGGUUGUCCGGCCAGCCCCGGCAGCCACAGAGCAUGGAGAAACUGGAGAGGCGGAGGUUAACGUCCCGGACGACAAGGCCACUUCGGCAAAGCAUCAUCGAAGGAAAGGAAAGGAAGUUGUUCGGCCAAGCCCGGCAGUCACCUCGGCGUCACUGUCCGAGAAUCAAGGCACAGACAAUGGAGAGUCCAGCCAGAAGACGGUGGAAUUGACGAUGUCAGCGAACGGCGUUAGCCCAGCUUCCGGAGACUCGCGUCAAAAGCGCGGCAAAUCACGCAGCAAAACAAGACGGGGUGCUGCAGCUGAUAUCGAGACCGUGGAGCAGACCGAUGAAGAUGCUGUGAUGGAGGAUCAAGCAAUGACACAGUCUCCAGGGUUGCACAUUGAAACGAGCUCCGUCGGCGGCACUUCACCACAGCCAUCGCCGAGCCUAGAAGCCCAGGCAGCUCGAACGAGAAGACGCGAGAGAUCGGCAAGCGUCGCGGAUCAGACGAGCGCCAAGGGAAAGGAGAAAGUGACUUCGUCGGCGGCGCUCAAUGCAAACAGUGCAGAGUCAUCUAAGAGGACGCGUCGCGGAUCACUGUCCAAUGGCAAGGUGGACAGCCUUCCCAAAUCGAAGAAACAGAAGGUUUUAAAAGAAUCAUCCAGUCAACGACCCACCACCAUCCAUACCGGCAAGAAUGGGAAGUCAAAGGCCCGUCGUCUCGGCAAGCCUUGGAGUGACAUGAGCAGCGACAUGGACGACAUGGAGGAUAUACCCGCGAGAUUGCCUUGGUCAACCCAGUGAGGGGAUCUACCUAACUCGCAGCGCAUCAUCAGCUUUGCAUGGCUGGAAAGUUUGCUCUGGUUGGCGUGCUUUGCCGCGCGGAGGAUGGAGCGGCAGCUUGAAGGGUUCAUGGAUGAAAGCUGUUGCUGGGCCCGAGCGUCGGCCUGUCUGAGUUGCUCCGCAUAUCUCAUGGGAUCCUGCUGUCGAACAUUGAUGGGAGGCACAGCGCCGCUGAGGUGCAUGAGCUAGCAAUUGCACUUUUUGAAAAACGUCACUCAAGAAUUAG